AUGGGCGACUCGUUCACCCUCCCGCUCCGUCCUCUUUCCGAGACGCACCAUCAGAAAGAUACUUUACCCGUCGCCAUCGCCCAGAUCAAUGCUCAAUGGGGUUCCUUUCGUGAUGUCAGCGAGGCCAGUCUCCGCGCCGAAUUAGAAGCAGAGAAGGAUAAAGAUGCUCUGACUGAAACAGAAGAUUCCAAGGUUAAUCCUCCUGCGGACAUCGAUACGGCCGAGCGCUUGGAGCAAUUGUACAAACGUCGGGCGGAGAUCACCCAGUUUGCCAUCCAGGCACACAUGGAGACGAUGUUUGCCCUAGACUUUGUCUCCCUGAUUCUUUCCAAACAUGCGCCCCGCCAGGCCGAAAUGUCCAUAUCACCUUUCUUGAAACAGAUGAUUCCGUUGGGCUCUUUGAGUGCGGAAGUCGUCAACCCUCCUCCGAAAUCAGAGGCGGCCAAAAUAGACAUAAAUACCGUUUCACGUGGAUGGAGACUACAAAGUUUCAACGCUGCUGCUGAUAAAUUGCUGAAGUCGGCGGCAAGGUUGGAGCAGGAGGUCGAGUCCGAGACCAGAUACUGGGGUGAAGUAUUGACCGUCAAGGACAAGGGCUGGAAAGUGUGCCGGCUGCCAGGAGAGCGACAGGCCCUUGGGGUACAAUACGGAUUUUUAGAAGCUACUCCAAUAUUCCGUGACCGGGGUCUCGCAUCUCUACGGAGGGCGGAUGAUGGAAGUUUACUACUAGACAAAGGCCUGGUUCCAUCCAAGAAUCGAGCGGUACGCGUUCGCAUAAAGGAGAAUGGCCAGAUCACUGGAUGCUCGAAACUGCAUAAGUCAGCUGUGUCAUCUAACAUGGGCUCAGUAGAAGGUCAUAUCUUGCAGGCGCGGGACAACAUUUUCGAGGAGGAGCUUUUCCAUGAGCUGGUACGCGAGGCGAGAGUGAUGGCAGGUCAAGGUGUUACGACUCGUCAGAAUCUAGUUCAGUUCCCCGUGUCGGGAGAGCAAGAGAUCCUGUUGGAUCUUGUGGAUGCAGAUAGCGGCGAAGACGGACCCGUACCUUCCUCUCAGCAGAAUAGUAUGCUCGCCGAAGGGCUUUCGCAUUUCAUCCACAUCCUCCUUUCUUAUUCCCACCGCCAGAACUUAUAUCGAAGAAUGCAAAUACCUGCACCCUUAACCUCGAAGAGAAAGCGUGUUCCGGAGUACCAUCUUUUACGUCCUUCCAUGGCCUAUUUACAGCAUAACUUCCACCUGCAGUUCUUACAGUCGUUUAUGAAGGAUAUCCACGCCACAGUGAAAUCAUCUGGACUUCUCUGCGGGUAUACAUCUACUCCAUUUUCGUCGGUCGAACUUCCUGGCGAUGAUAUUUCUAGGCCAAGGGCGGAAGCUCUAGUCGGUCAGUUUCUCCGUCCGUUGGAAUCUGUGUUCUCCAGCGACCUGGUUACUCCGGGCAGUUCACUCAAAGUCCAUAUCCGCACUAAUCUUUCCGGCCCACCUCUCGGUACGAACUACGACUUCUCUAUCCGUUUGUCCAAAUUCCCAGAUGUCCAGCCUCCCUCUCGAGUCGGAUUGAAGGAUGAUGCCGCGGCAGUCAUUACACAUUUGAUGCUUCUCGAUAUUGUGUCCGCUAUCUCAUCCUAUCGACCGAAUAAGACAAAUUCUAAUGUCAUAUCCACCCAAAAUACCAACGAGGCUGCGAAGAAUCCUUUGACGUGGGAAGCCACCUAUCCGCAUCACGGAGAACUGCUGGCCUUUUCACCGGCUAUGGGAGUUAAUAAGAAAAUGAAAGUUAUCCUGACUCGUGACAAGCUGACUUUGCAGACUCAUUACGUCCGAGGAGCAGGAAGCCUUGGUCAACGGGGAGCGGAAAAGAAUAUGCAAGAGAUGCGCUCAUGCACCUGGACAGCGUCUCCCGAGGCAAAAGAUCCUAUGACUUUACAGCAGAGCUUGAUGGAAUUUCUUGCCGAGGCAUCAAAGGAUUGA